GAGGUGGGGAGAAGGAGCGAAGGAGCGAGAGAUAGCGGACGAUGGGCAGGUGGUUUCCAUCCUCCACCGCCGGCAGGCGGAGCAAGUGGGCCGCGCUGGCAGCGAGCGCGUGGAUCCAGUGCACCGCCGGUGCGUCCUACUGCUUCGGCGUGUAUUCACCACUCCUCAAGGCAAGCCAGGGCUACGACCAGUCCACCCUCGACUCCGUCGCCUUCUUCAAGGACGUCGGCGCCAACGUCGGCGUCCUCUCCGGCAUCCUCUCCUCCGCCUUCCCAGCCCGCCCCUGGACCGUCCUCGCCGCCGGCGCCGUCCAGUGCCUCGCAGGAUACCUCCUCAUGUGGCUCUCCGUCGCAGGCGUCCUCCCCCGGCCCCCUCCUCUCCUGAUGUGUGUCUACAUGCUGCUCGCCGCCCACGCCCAGACCUUCUUCAACACCGCCGAUGUCGUCACUGCCGUCGAGAACUUCCCCGAUAGCCGGGGCACCGUCAUCGGCAUCAUGAAGGGAUUUCUGGGCCUAAGUGGUGCAAUACUUAUUCAGAUAUAUGGGGCAUUGUUCAAUGGCAAUCCAAGCUCCUUCCUUCUAAUGCUUGCACUGUUGCCCACUCUCCUAACAUUUCUGCUUAUGUUUUUCGUAGAAGUUCAUAAGACAGAUGAAGGAUGUGACAAGAAAUUUCUCGAUGUUUUCUCACUCAUUGCUUUAACCAUCGCUGGCUAUCUUAUGCUCGUUAUUAUAGGGGAAUGUGUUAUGAUUGUGGGAUCAGAAGCCCGAAUUCUCAUAUUUCUCAUGCUUUUGCUGCUGCUCAUCUCUCCGCUAGUUAUUGUAGUAAAAGCCCAGACAAAGGAAUCAAAGAUACUGGCAGAAGCUUCUUGUCAUGAUAGGAUCCGAUUGAUAGAUGAUAUCAAUUCAUUGGAAGUUAUAGAAGAGCGAAGGUAUAGCCAAUUAGCAGCUGAAAGAAGCUGCAUGAAGCAUGAUCAUGUUGGACCUAAUGAAAUGCUAUGUGAUAAUGGGCAUGAAAGAAACAGUGAGGAAACAUUUCUGCUGCCAAGGGGAGAAAACUUGAAUCUACUGCAGGCCAUGUGGACAUAUGACUUCUGGUUAUUGUUUCUAGCCAUGGCAUGUGGUAUGGGUUCAGGAUUGGCAACAGUAAAUAAUAUCAGUCAAAUUGGAGGUUCUCUAGGCUACACGAGCAUGGAAACAAGUACCUUAGUUUCUCUAUGGAGUAUAUGGAAUUUUCUGGGUCGUUUUGGUACUGGUUACAUCUCGGAUUACUUCCUUCGGUUGAGAGGCUGUGCAAGGCCCCUGUUUAUAGCUGUAACACUUGCAAUCAUGAGUAUUGGUCAUGCAAUAAUAUCUUCUGGCUUUCCUGGUUCCUUACAUGUGGGCUCUGUACUGGUUGGUGUGUGUUAUGGUUCACAAUGGGCAUUGAUGCCCAGCAUCACUUCAGAGAUAUUUGGAUUAAGGCAUUUUGGCACCAUAUUUAACACUGUUGCCAUUGCAAGCCCCUUUGGCUCUUAUAUCCUCUCUGUAAGAGUGGUGGGAUACAUAUAUGACAUGGAAUCAUCGUCAUCGUCGACAGAUGUACAAAAGUGCAUGGUGGACUGUUGACAUUCAUGCUUACUUGACCUAAUAGGAGAGGAUGGCUGGCUUAAGAAGGGCUUCUUAUUCUCUAUUAUGGAGAUCAUUGAGGGCCUUUGUGGUCAUUCUUGAAUGAGAAGUACAAUUGAUAUCAACUGUAGGUAUCUACCUGCCUUGUGUCCCAAUCCUAAUUGUUAUGAAGUCUCUGGCUCUCGUAGGGGUUGGUUUACUUGGAUGGUGAAGCAGUGAUUUGCACCUCUCCAAAUAUAUGCAGACCUGCAUCGAGUAGGUUUGCUGCUUCUUAGCCAUGGACAAUACAAAACAUCUUGUGGAGCUAGUGAGUGAUUAUUUUGUGUUUAAAAUGAGAGAAGGAAAAGGAUUAAAAAAAAAGGUUUUCACUUUUCUAAGUAAAAGAUAGCCCUAAGAGUGAUUUUCAAUGCAAAUUAAGAAGUGGCAGAGGCUCUGUAUUUAUUUAUUUCUAUACUAUCCCUUUAAAAAAUAAAAUCCAGCUUUUAAUA